GGAGGACAUGUAGACUCAGACGCGCACGGGACUCCUCGCUCUCCCGUACCCGCCGUCAGGAGGAAUCCAGUUUAUUCUUUAGGCAAUAAUAACAACUCACAGGUGUCAAAAUGAAAGUCUCCAGCAUAGACUGCCGGCAUCUGAGGAAAAUCAUCAGGAAGGAGUGCGGGAGCUGCCUUAUUGUGGAUUGCCGACCUUAUUUCUCAUUCACGAACUCCAGUAUCAAAGGCUCUGUCAAUGUCAAUCUCAACUCAGUGGUGGUCCGGAGGUCUCGAGGAGGGCCGGUGCCUCUGCAGUUUGUCAUCCCGGAUGAGAGAGCCCUGUUUCGGCUCCGGGAGGGGAGCAUAUCGGCCAUCGUAGCUCUGGAUGACCGGACGUCCCACUGGCAAAAGCUGAAAAAGGACAGUGUAGCACAAAUAGUAAUAAAUACUCUCUCGCAUCUGUCGAGCGGGGCCAACAUCUGUUUCCUGAAAGGAGGAUACGAGAACUUCCACUCUCAAUACCCUGAACUUUGCACUGAGGUGAAAACCAUCGAGCAGAGCGGAAGUGAAACCGACAAAAGAGUCAGCAGCCACAGUGAGAAGCUUUCUCACCACAAACCAGAUUACGAUCAGGGUAAACCUGUAGAGAUCCUGCCUUUCCUCUACCUCGGUAGUGCCUACCAUGCCUCCAGAGAGGACUAUCUCAGCGACCUUCACAUCACAGCCUUGCUCAACGUGUCACGCAGGGAUCUGCAGCCAGCCAAGGGCCACUACGACUACAAGUGGAUCCCGGUAGAGGACAGUCACAUGGCCGACAUCAGCUCCCACUUUCAGGAGGCUAUAGAGUUUAUUGAUCACGUGAAGCAAUCAGGGGGAAAGGUCCUGGUCCACUGCGAAGCAGGGAUCUCACGCUCGCCUACCAUCUGCAUGGCCUACAUCAUGAGGACGCAGCAGCUGCGGCUAGAUGCAGCUUUCGACAUCAUCAAGCAGCGUCGGGAAGUCAUCUCACCCAACUUCAGUUUCAUGGGUCAGUUACUGCAGUUUGAGUCAGAGGUCCUCUCCACGGCCCCAGCUCAUGCAGCCACACCUGAGCCAGCCACAACCUGCCCUCCAGAGUCCGCCUCCUUUUUUGCCAACGACUUUGCCACCACCUUCAGCACCAAAAACUUUGAGCCAUCUGUGUUCACCCUCCCUACCUCUUGCCUGCAGGCCCCGGUCCACCACCAGUUCAAACUGAGCCCAAUAACUGCACUGCCUUAAUAUGAACUGUGACUGCUUGUAGUCUUACUUGAAAAAUAAAAUAAAAAGUAAUGCUGUCUGUGUGCCUGGUGUUGAGACCAGCAGAACAGUUAGACUGGAGAGCAGCAAUAGAAACAGAGCAGAGUCUAAAUAAUAGUAUUCAGUUCACGGGCCUAUGGAAGCUGUUUUCCUGUCUUAUGAACUGCAGUGAAACGACACAGUACAGUGAUAAACUGCAAUAUACAUGCCUUAGGUUGAUAUUGUGAUUUAUUUGCUCAUUCACCAACACAGUCAGGCAUUUAAACCUAACUUAUUUGAAAAAUGUUUUUUUUCCAAUGAUGUGGAUGUUAAUAUGUGGUUAAUAAAUGUGUUCACCACAGAAAUAA